GAAUACGAAAGCAAAAUCUAAGACAAGCAGAUUGCUACUGCUUCAGUCAGUUCAUGUCAUUGGUCGGCUCAAGUGACACUGAACAGGUACGUUUAAUAGUUUAACUGUUAACUCAAUGGUCGAUACGCCUAAACAGUAAAUAAGAUAAUCGUAUGAUAAUAGUAAAUAGUGGUAAUAAUCGUAUACACGCAAAAAGUGACGUUUCUGGCUUUGCCGAAGGAUGCGACAUUUCAAAAGCUUUAAUACACAUUGUGAAGAAAUCAGUGUACAACUGAACUGUCUGUGCCAGUGUAGGUACUAGGUAAUGCCAAUCAAAUCAACAAGCUUUCGUUGAUAGGGAUGCAACUACCUGAAAAAUAUAAGGAGAAUUUCGACGUUUCGAGCGAAGCCCCUUCGUACUUUACAACUCAGACGUAGGGACCAACGAAAACUUGUUAAUUAAUGUACGAGUACCGUCAAUGUCGUAUUUCUCAACAAUUAACAGCAGUCAAUAUCUAUACCCUAACAUUGUAUUUUGAUACACUUUUUAAUGUGUAAUUAAUGUGUAAAUAUAUUAUUUAUAAAGCUGUAAAGAUGUUUUAUGUUUUUGGAAGCAAAUUCCGUUACACUAGGAACAAUUAGAUCUUCGCAAAGUCCUUUUCAAAUGACGUCACUUGAACAGUAGGAGAUUUCAGUAAUUAUCAGAUAUCAUAAGCAACAAGCGGCUUUCACGCUGCGAACUCGUGAGAUCGCGCAUGAUACGCCAACGUUUUACCAAAAUCAUGGGUUUCCCCCGUUUUUUUCCAACGAGAAUGUUGUUGUCAAAACAUCUCUUCCAUCAUAGCUGUACCCUGUGAUCGGAGUUAGAGAGGUGCCUUUAGUAAGCCUCUGACUGGUUCAGGAUGGGCUGCGUCCUUCGUAAUUCAAACUUACAGCUCUCACGUGCACGUAAGGAUGAAUAACACUCCAGCCGAUAGCCAAAGUAUACACGCAGGCCUAAAGCCGGUUUUCCACUAGGCGGAAUUUAGACAAUUCCCAUUAUAGACUAAUUUUAAAACUAGGCAAGGAGAUGCAAAUAGAUCACCACAGCUAGAAAGAGCAUACUAAAAUUAGUAAAAUUACAAAAUUUGGUUGCGAAAUGUUGUAAAAUGUGGAAAAUAUGGCCUUGCAAAGUUUGCAAAUUUUGUAUACUUUUGUAUCGCGUGCGACGUUUUCGGCCUAAAUGUGUUAGGAAUGUGGUAGGAAUUUCCGCAAGCAAUACAAAAGUAUACAAAAUUUGCGAACUUUGCAAGGCUAUAUUUUCCUCAUUUUACAACAUUUCGCAACCAAACUUUGUAAUUUUACUAAUUUUAGUAUGCUCUUUCUAGCUGUGGUGAUUUAUUUGAGUUUCCUUGCCUAAUUCUAAAAUUAGUCUAUAAUGGGAAUUGUCUAUUAGAAAAGACAAAGAGAAAUUCCGCUCCGCGCGGAAAAUUCCGACUAGUGGAAAACCGCCCUAAAGGUGGUCUGUUAAAUCCCGUUAUUUGUUAUUCCGUUUUAGAUUUUGCAAUGGGAGGGUUUAUGAGUGACUAGACGCGAAUACGUUUAUGAAACGCCAGGAACAAGUGCAACUCGUCCAGCACUGCCUACACGCCCGACUAUCCAACCCAGAUUCUUCUAAUCCUCCUACAGCUAUCAAUGGCCCAAGCUUCCCGUGCAUCAUUUCCUUCGAUAUCAUAUAGAAUUGGCCAAUUUAGUGUCUUUAUUCAAUUCCCCAUCAACCCUUGGAAAAUUCUCGGUCUAAACUCAGCUUCGUCUUCGCGCGAUGUUAAACUAGCCUUCAAAAAAAUGAUCGCAAGCGCAUCAGUUCAAAAUCAAGCAUUAGUUUCCCUUGCCAAUCAUAUUUUAACCUCGACAGCACCAAGAUACCAGCGACAGCAAGGCACGGACCUAUAUACCAUCAAAAACCCUGACCAUUUCACUGUGGCAGCGUACGGUGACACACAUACGCUUCGCAAAAUAAUCGAAAGAAACGCAUCCUUGAUUCAAUCCACAGACGAACACGGUCGCACAUUGCUAUACCUAGCUUGUAAAUCAGGCUUUACUGAUAUAGUGAAAAUGCUGCUAAAAAAUGACGCAGAUAACAAUAAGAUCCAAAGAGAUGGUAGCACACCCCUUCACGCUGCAGCAUAUUUUAGUCACCCUGGAGUUGUUGAGCUGUUGCUUGAAUAUGGCGCGCGAACUGACAUCAAAAACGCAUGGGAUCAAACUGCUUUGGAAGAAAGUGCGACAAUAGAAAUAAGGAACAUGAUUGAAAAUCCACCCCCGGACCUUAUCAACAGCCUGGCAGGUAUAAUGAAGGAAAGAAAACUUGUCUCUGAAUUUAAAGGAUACAGAACCAAACCAAGCGAGCAAAUGUACGCGAUAGAGUUCAUCCGACAUCCAAAUGUUUACGACGCAGAAACACGCGCAAAAUUACCAGAAUUUAUGCAAUCUUGGAAGCUGACCUGGCACGGCACUCGGUAUAAAAAUCUGGAAUCAAUCAUGGAACACGGUCUUCUUCCAGCUGGAAAGAAAGGUAUCAAACCACCGUCUGGUCAUUUCGCUUUAGGUAAAGAGUAUCAGGGAAUUCCGAAUUGGGCUGCGGCAAUAUUUGUCUCCCCCAGUAUCUGGUACGCUGCUGACAAUGCUUAUGCAGAGAAAGUGAAAUCACAAGGUGACGAAUGGUGUGUACUGAUUAAAGCUUACUGCAAACCUGGCAGUUACGGGCGGUACGAUCCGACCGUAUUCAGGUAUUUAAAAUUUUUAAUUAUAUCGGAAUUGUAUUAUUCAGCUAUCAUGAGUUCUACUACAUCUAACGAAACGCACAAAUGUUAUCAUCUUCGUCUGCCACCAAAGAGUGUCCCCUGCUGCUACUCAAGGCGAGAACGAUUUUUUAACCCUCCAAUUUGUCGAACAAAUCGGUUUAAGAACACCGGCUUUUAUUCCAUCAACUGUCAAGCCUUGUUUAGAAACUCCUAAUUUUACAAACCAUAAAGUAUUGAAUCAGAUCAUGUAGUUAAUGAAUUUAUUAUCAGUUUAAAUUUUAGGACAAAUUGUAAAUUAGUAAAGUUGUUUUAAAUAUAUUAUUCAACUCCUAUGUACUGAUUUAAACACGAGCAGGGAUGCUUUAUCAGAUAUCUAAAACACGAGAGCGCAGUUUUAUAUCUGAUAAAUCACGGACUGCGAAUGUUUUAAAUGGCUUACAAAACGACCCAUCUGAUGAGUUCAUUGGCGAAGUAAUUUAAAAAAUAAACUUGUCUAAGCCGAAAAAACCAAAGCUAAAGUUUAUGUCAAUUAACAGGAUAUUUUAUCACAUAUAAAACCACCAACACGGCAGUGAUUUCAUUUGUCUUUUUAACUUUAACUUUGCAACACGACGCAAUUCAGCUCUUGCGGGCUGCAAUGUUUGUGAUUAUUACGUUUUUUUAUUUACGAUUAGCCAUUAGGUAUUUUAAAGAUCAGGGUUUAUAUAUAACUAACAAUAGCAAAGGGCCCAAAAUAGAACCUUGUGGAACUCCAUAGUUAUCUUUUCAGAAAACACUAUCUAUUAUUGCACAGUGCUGGCUCUCCAUUAUUCAGAUAUAUUUUAGCUUGUUAAAGUUUCAAAUUUUAAUUUUUAAGUUACGCAAAGAUGGAAAAUGAACCAGAAUACUCUGAAUACCGAGUGCCAACAGUUGGCGACAGGAAAGAUGAGGAAACAGUGAUUUUACGUGUGGAAUCUGAACGUAAUGUUGUCGUCUGUUCAGUGCUGUUUAUUCGCACGAGAAAGUUACAAGAUCCAAGUAUAAGUUUCGAUGAAAUGACGAACUUUUUUAAAGAGUGAGUAUUAUGCCAGUUAUCCUUUGGGCGCUUGGCGUCCUAGAAAAUGGCCGACUCUUGAGAUAUUUAUAAGAAAUCUAUACAAAAUUUAAUUUGUAUUGGCCCAUAUUUUCGCGAAGAACCAUCGUGAAAAACAACUCUAUUUCUUCUGUUAAACGAAGUAAGUCAUUAUAUCUUGUGAAAUGUUGCGAUUUUUUAUGCAAUAUGUUCGUAAUGAAGGUAUAUUCAUCAGAUACAGCCGAAUGAGACACAAGCGUGCUAAGAGUCACUGGCAUUAUAAUGUACUCACUUUUUACAGCGCCUAUAUCACUUGCUUUUACUUUACCAACCUCGUACCCAGGGCUUCUUUGGGCUUCUGCGCUUAUUGCUCUCAGCGCAGAAGCCCUGGGUACGAGGUUGGAUCUUUACGCAUUUGAGCAAAAAAUGUUAAUGAGGAAUCGACUGGGAAAUUAUAUUCAGAUAUUUUCCCGCUAUUACUCACUACCUGCGAAUAUUUCGAUAAAAAUCUGUGACACUGGUAUAACUCAUAAAUUGUUAUUUUUCGUUCUAAGUACAAUACAUAAUAUUUGCACAUAUUGAUAAUUAUAAUUAAGAUUAAUUAACAAACUGACAAAGACACUGUGCAUGGAAUGAAAAUGUACGUUGGAAUGGUCAAUGCCAAAUAUAUAUAUAUGCAGUGGCAGACCAAACUUAGAUGUUAGUGCUAUAUAUAUUUACAAUUGAUUUCUCAUUAAAUUUAGCGAUAUAGUAGCAAUUAUAGUGUAUAUUAAUUCGCGUGUCUAUGCAUAUAUAUUUCCAGUUUCACUGCGUGCCUCCCGAAGAAAUCGCGUCUCAGUACAGGCGUGAAUUCAUAAUCACGGCGCUCAAAUUUCCCAAUUGGUGAGUUUCAGUAAGCGUUGCACGACAGCUGAUGGUGAUCAACAGUUGAACUGAAGGGCGGCCAAAAACAUAAAUGAGCAUGCACACAUUUCUCUACUGCAAGAAUGAAGAGAAUUGGCCUUUCUCACGCC